AUGUCUACUUAUUCAUUGCCACUUAGAUCUCAAAUGAACGGAAACUACAACAGUGCAAGUGCUCCACAGAGCGGAGCAGCAGUUCCACCGGCUCCUAACACCCCACAAUAUGCACAACAAACAACAGGAGCAGAAGCAGCAUCGGGUACACCGCAACAACACCAGCAACAACAGCAACAACCAACGCUGCAACAAUCCCAACAACCUUAUGCUUCAUACUACAUGUACAACCAACAACAGAAUCCUCAACAGCUGGAGUACAGCUAUAGUCGUUACCAGUACCCGGGAAAUACUCAGUCGUAUUAUCCACCAGCACAAAGUGUCCAACAACAACAACAACCCUAUGGAGGAAACAGGAGUUAUACUAGUGCACCACAAGGACCCACAUCGACUGCAUCAUCCGUCUCGCAACCACAACACGCAACUCCAUCUCACCACCCUAUGCAAAGACCUAUGCCUCAGCAAGAUACCCUUAAUCACGCAUCAACUUCAACCGUGGGACAAUACCAGCCACCAGGAAUUAGACCAAGAGUAACAACUACGAUGUGGGAGGACGAAAAGACACUAUGUUACCAAGUCGAUGCUAAUAAUGUUAGUGUGGUUCGUAGAGCUGAUAACAAUAUGAUCAAUGGGACCAAGUUGUUAAAUGUGGCGCAAAUGACGCGUGGUAGAAGAGACGGAAUCUUGAAACUGGAGAAAGUUAGGCAUGUGGUAAAGAUUGGGUCAAUGCAUUUAAAGGGUGUUUGGAUUCCAUUUGAACGUGCGUUGAGCAUGGCUCAGAGAGAAAACAUUGUUGAUUUGUUGUACCCCUUGUUUGUGAGGGAUAUUAAAAGGGUGAUACAGACAGGCGUGACACCUUCAUCGAGUGGUGGUAAUGCUGGAAACGCUGGUGCAAACACAGGCGCUGCUACAAGCACAAGCUCAAAUACAAGCCCUUCUGUUUCCAAGGCAAGUGCUGGUACUUCAGGUGGUGCCACAAACGCCUCACAGUCCGGAUCAGGCGGUUCAUACUAUCAAGGAUAUGGAGGAGCCAGUGGUUAUCCACAGCAAUACACAUACCAACAACAAGCACAACAGGGACAACAAACGCCACAAGGACAAGACCAGUACCAAGCACAACAACAACAACCGUACGGCUACCAACAAGGAGGGUAUUAUUCAAAUGCAAGUGGUGGUGGUAAUCAGAAUACAACAGGAGCCGGUUCCUCGUCAUCGUCUUAUCCAUACCAAUACCAACAACCUCCACCACAACAAUCACAAGGAUCCUACAACAAUUAUGCAACAACAUCGGGAUAUCCAGCACAAACAAGUACAAGUGGAGCAACAAGCAAUGCAGGUGCAGCUGCCAAUUCAGAACCCGGCAGUACUGGAGCUGUUGGUGCUCAACAACAUACGCCACAGCAACCAUCAGCUAGUGUUGGAGGAGUACAUGUAUCACCACAUCAGCAUACGCAGCAUCUGCCAAAAGUUGGAAAGUAA